AUCCCUAACUAAAAACUGAUCUGCAAAAAGAGAGAGAAACAGAGACACUGUGUGCUGCGACUUGAGAGAGAGAGAGAGAGAGAGAGAGUAUAGUAAGUAUUUGUAGCAUAUGAUUUUGGUUUUGGGUUUGGGUUUGUAAUAACUAACUAAUUUUCCUUUUCCAAAUUGGGGUACAAGUGAGCAGAGAAGAAGAAGAGUCUUGUCGAGGACAUCACAAUGGACAGGGAGUGGGGAUCCAAGCCAGGUAGCGGAGGCGCCGCCUCCGCACAGAACGAAGCUAUCGACCGCCGUGAGCGCCUCCGAAGGCUCGCCCUCGAGACCAUCGAUCUCGCCAAAGACCCUUAUUUUAUGCGCAACCAUCUUGGCAGUUAUGAGUGUAAACUUUGCUUGACGCUCCACAACAAUGAGGGGAAUUACUUGGCUCACACGCAAGGAAAACGGCAUCAAACUAAUUUGGCCAAGAGAGCUGCUCGUGAAGCCAAGGAAGCUCCUGCUCAGCCUCAACCCCACAAGCGCAAAGUCUCCGUUCGCAAAACAGUGAAAAUUGGAAGGCCUGGGUAUCGGGUAACAAAGCAGUUUGAUUCAGAGACAAAACAGAGGUCUCUUCUCUUCCAGAUUGAAUAUCCUGAGAUUGAAGACCUCUCAAAGCCUAGGCAUAGGUUUAUGUCAUCUUAUGAGCAGAGGGUCCAACCAUUUGAUAAAAGAUACCAGUAUCUUCUGUUUGCUGCUGAACCAUAUGAGAUCAUUGCUUUCAAGGUUCCUAGCACAGAGAUUGACAAAACCCCUCCCAAGUUCUUCACACAUUGGGAUCCAGACUCAAAAAUGUUCACGUUGCAGUUAUAUUUUAAAACCAAGCCGCCAGAGGCAAGCAAGCCUCAACCUGCCCCUGCAUCCAAUGGCACAACAGCUCCUGGUGUCCCAUCAAGGCCUUUGCCACCACCACCCCAAGCUCCACCACCGCCGCCUCCUCCAACCCAAGGAGUACCACCUGGUGGACCUAUUGGAAAUCCUCCUAGAGCCCCUCCACCUUCAAUACCUGCAUCGUUCCCACCUCCGCCACCUCCUACAGCAAAUGGCCCUAGGCCUAUGCCCCCUGGUGGAACUCCACCUGUCCCUCCCCCACCCCCGGUUGGUAGUGGCACAAUGGCAAAUUUCACUCCUGGUACUAGGCCUCCAAUGCCUCCCCCACAAGGUUUUCCAAACCAACAGAUGCAGGGCCAAGGGAUUCGUCCAUUGCCGCCACCUCCUAGCAUGGGACAACAGAUCCCCAGGCCUCCUCCUCCUUCUCAGUAGGCAUAUCAAGAACUUUGUUUGAGAACCCUUUUUGAACUAUGUCUAUGUGAAGGAUAAAGAUGUGGUUAUCCUUAUAUUUUAACAGAAUUGAAGUUGGAUCUAGUUAGCAAUAUUUAAGACCCUUUUGAGUA